AUGGUGGGUCACCCCAGCGCCUUUACCAGGGAGAAGGGAACAGCCCACCCCAGCUCCUGCCUCGAUCUGCGGGAAUGCAGGAAGUGCAGACCAGGGGACGUGGCGGCUCACCGCAGCGCCUGCACUGGGAAGAGGGGAACCGUCCACACUGCCCGGGACUUUACGACCAGCAGCCGGCGCCCCAGCAGCCUCGCCAUGGCCUCGCUGGAGGACAAGCUGUCCUGCGCCAUCUGCCUGCAGCUCUACCAGGCCCCGGCGACGCUGCCCUGCGGCCACAACUUCUGCUACGCCUGCAUCCAGAAAUGGGAGCCCCAGAACCAGCAGUGCCCCACCUGCCGCACCCCCUUCUGCGGGGACACCGAUCUGCGCCGCAACGUGGAGUUCAGUGAGGUGGUGGACAUGGUGCGCGACGAGCUGGAUCGCCGGCCCGGGGAGCUCCCCGCCCCGGACCCCGACCCAGGGCUCGAACUCGCGACCAAGCCCGCCCCGCGCUGCCCCCGCCACGGCUGGCCGCUGGAGCUCUUCUGCCGCACCGAGGGCCGCUGCGUGUGCUGCGCCUGCACCGUGCGCGACUGUCACGGACACCAAAGGGCGCUCUUGCGCAUCGCCCGGCGGGACCGAGAGGCCCAGCUGAAAGCAGCGCUGGAGACACAGUGGCAGCAGCAGCAGAACCGGACAGAGCAGCAGCUCCAGGAGCUAAAGCAGAAGAUGCUUCAGAUCCAGACCUCAGCCUGCACCGUGGCCUCGGUGGUCUCGGACAAGUUCAGCCACCUGCUGCAGGCGCUGGAGGAGCGUCGGGCCUCGGCCCUGCGGGACCUGGAGGAGGCCCGGAGCCGCGCGAGUGCGCAGGCGCAGGAGGAAGAGCAGCGGCUGCAGCGACACCUGCAGGCGCUGGCGGAGUAUGACAGCCGGGCCCGCGCGGCCCUGGAGCAGGAGGACGACGUCGCCUUCCUCCAGGGAUCGCAGCUCUUGAUGCUCCCCGCGCCCGUCGAGCCGCCCAGCCCUCCGCAGUGGGACGAAGAGCAGCAGGUGGGAGGCCUGAAGAAGUGGCUGAGCCAGCUGGCCGGGCUCCUCCUGGAGGAAGGGGCUCCGCAGGCACCAGCUGAGGCUGCCGGCUCGCACCCCCCGGUAUGUCGAUGA